AUGACAAAUUUGACCCCAACCGAAUCACCGUUAAAUUUGGACCAAAGAUGCAGUGCAGCCAAUGAUAAUGAGAAUGUUGAUGAUCGAAAGAUAAAUUUGAAGAAGCAAAAGCGGGAAUAUCGUGAUGAAAAAAAACGAGUUACACGAGAGCUGCUUACAGCUUUGCAUGAUCCUACAAUUGUUGUUAUGGCUGAUUGGCUAAAAGUUCGUGGAACUUUAAGGAAAUGGAAUCGAUAUUUUUGCAUACUGAAGCCGGGUUUAUUGCUUGUUUAUAAAAGCAACAAGGUCGAUAAGCCGGGUCACUGGAUUGGUACAGUAUUGUUGAACAACUGUGAGCUAAUCGAAAGACCAUCGAAAAAGGACGGAUUUUGCUUCAAACUGUUUCAUCCAAUGGAUCAGAGUAUAUGGGCAACACGUGGACCGUUAGGUGAAAGUCAUGGUGUGGUUACAAUCCAACCCUUACCUACUACUUAUUUGAUUUGUCGAGCACCAUCUGAGCAGGCAGGUGGCUGUUGGAUGGAUGCUUUGCAUUUGACUCUUCGUUGUAGCGGUCUCUUAAUGAGGACUAUGUGUAAACUUUCUGACUGUAAUCAAAAAGGAGAAGAAACAACUGUCGAUGAACAGAAUGCCUUUGGCGAUAUUUCAUGUAAUGAUACCGUUGAAAGUUCUGCAGAAUUCAACGAGGUUGAAGCGGAAAAACAUUUUGAUGGCUUGAAUGAUGAUAUUGAUCGGGUAGUAUCAGAUAGUGACGACGAAACCAUUGAUUGUGAAGAAGAGAGUUCAUAUAUUCAGUCGGAUCCAGAACAGUUUGGGCCAACAGUACAAGUCGAAGAUCUUGCUGAUGAAAACAAAAGUCUUGUAUGGAGUUUGCUGAAACAAGUACGACCUGGAAUGGAUCUUUCAAAAGUUACUUUGCCUACAUUCAUUUUGGAACCGCGUUCAGCUACUACUGAGGAUGAUCCCUUACAAAGAAUGAAGACGAUUGUAAAAUUUUAUUUGAGCGGAUUUUACAAGAAACCAAAAGGCUUGAAAAAACCAUAUAAUCCGAUAUUAGGAGAAACAUUUCGAUGUAAAUGGGAACAUCCCGACAAUUCGACAUCUUACUAUAUUGCUGAACAGGUCUCUCAUCAUCCACCAGUUUCGGCCCUUUUCCUAACAAAUCGAAAAGCAGGUUUCAAUAUAUCGGGUACAAUACUGGCAAAAAGCAAAUACUACGGGAAUAGUUUAUCGGCUAUGAUGAUUGGUGACGUACGAAUAACACUUUUGCAACGGGGUGAAACAUAUAUUGCUACCCUUCCAUAUGCUAGCUGUAAAGGUAUCAUGAUUGGAACAUUGUCAAUGGAAUACGGUGGUCAGGUGGAUCUCUUAUUUUCAAUUUGUCAGCAUGUUAUUUUUGAUAAUCUGAAUCCAGAAAUAAAGGUAAGAAUAGAGUGCAAUCGUACCGAUUAUGUAUGCGAACUUGAUUUCAAAUUAAAACCAUUCAUUGGAGGAAUGGUAAAUCUUAUUACGGGUGAUAUCAAAUGUAAAAAAGAAUCGGUUGCGCAUAUUGAAGGAGCUUGGGAUAGCGAAAUUUAUAUAAGCGAAAAGGAUGUAAAGACACUUUUAUGGUCACCAACACCUGAUGUAAUUGCAAAACGACUUAAACGUUACGAAAUUCUCUUGGAAGAGCAGGGUGAAUGGGAGUCAAAGAAGUUAUGGUUGAAAGUAAGUGAAGCGAUAGCUCAAGAUAAUCAGAAAGCUGCCACUGAAGAAAAAAGUAAAUUAGAGAAUGAACAACGCGCUCGCGCGAAAUCUGGAGUACACCACAAACCUAAGUGGUUCAAGCAGGAUUUGCUAUCGAAAAAUUAUGAAUAUAUACACGCUGAUUAUCAAGCAUGGGAUGAAAAUGAUGAUAUUCGUCAAAUUGAGCAUGAUUAUGUAAUACGAACAAAAACUAAACAUGGAACUAAAGAACGGUCUGCUUCACCGGCGAGUUCAGCUUCAGUGCAGCAAGAACAAUCUGAAGAUUCUGAUUCACCCGGAAAUAAGCAAUAUCAUCCGAAGAAGAAACGACAUAGUUUACGAGAAUUUGAUCGCUUACAACAAGUGCAAGACACUUUGGAUCGUACUGUGCAGUUCUUACAACGUUUAGAAACAAAAUUUGAAAGCAGAACCAAUGUAGCUGUAACACAACAGCAAUUAAUCGUUAUUAUGGCUUUUUUCAUAAUUCUUCAUGCCGUUAUCUUGCCUCUUUUUCUCGGAACACUUCAUAAGGUAUGA